UAAAGAGAGCGCGGAAGACGGCAGACGCGUGCGGAAGGCAGCACACGUGGUCGGUGUUUUGGUCAGAGAGCGUCGCGUGAAUCCACGUACAAGCGCUCAGGUGUUGAUUUGGGGAAUAUGUUACCUGUUAUGGACAACAGCCAUAAAGCAGACGAUGAUCGGAGAGGAGUUAAGCGCAAGAUGGCUAUGUCCAGCUGUGAUGUUUGUUCGACUAAAGAGGCUAAAUACAGAUGUCCGAGCUGCAUGAAACACACCUGCAGCCUGGCCUGCGUCAAGCAGCACAAGAUGGCGUGGGGAUGCUGUGGCGUUCGGGACAAGACCGCCUUCGUCCCUCUCACUGACCUGAACGAGCUCAGCCUCCUCAGCGAUUACAGGUUUCUGGAGGACACCGCUCGACUGUCACAGCAGUCCGACCGAGACGGCGUCCUGCUCAGCGGCCAGCGCUACCCCAAGGAGGGCAUGUGGAUGAUCCGGAAAGCCAGAGCGGUCAAGGUCACCCUGAGGUUUCUGCCCAAGCUCUUCAGCAGACACCGGGAGAACAGCACCAUCUUCAGAAAAGCGGAAGGACGAUUCUACUGGCACCUGAAGAUCCAUUUCCCUCAGAGCGCCGCGGUUUAUUCAGAGAGGUGUGCUGAUAACCUUCAGCUCGACCGGAUUCUCAGCGACUACAUCCAUCCCUCAGAAUCAGAUCCGGUCAAGCGGCAGAAGUUAAAGAUGUACGUCCACCGUCCUGAAGAAGACACCCGAGUGUUCCUGAAGUCCGAGCAAACACAGCCCGGCUCUCUCAGGUAUCUGGAGCUGGAUCUGAAGAAGAGUCUGCAGGAAAACCUCAUGCACAAGACCAUUGUGGAAUACCCAGAAAUCUUUGUGGUUCUGAAGGAGCACAGUCAGGAGUACCUCGCUCGCAGACCGGAGCGCCCCAGUGCUGUCCGAAGCAUUGCAUCAACGAACAUCAGCAGAACUUCUGAACCGCUAUCAGAAGCUCUUGUGCAUGGAGCCAAGAAGCCAAAGGUCUCGGGGGACAAUGAGCUGGAGGAAGGAGAGAUCCGAAGCGAAGAAGAGGAUGGAAGCACGGAGACGAUGAUGGGGUUAAUAAUAGCUCCGAGAAGAUACCUGUGACGCAUGAUGAUGAAGAAGAAGAGCUUCAUGGAAACCAGAAUCUAGAGAUCGAGAUGAAGGACUGUCCUCCUCAUAACGGUGUUCAGGACGCUCAAGAGGAUGAUGGGAACCAAAACAAAGAGGUUUUAGUAAACACCUCCAGCAUAACUGAAGUAAUGUUGAUGGUUCCUCGAGAUCCUGAAGGAGCUGACAACACCGAGACUUUCACUGAUGAUGGUAGUCUAUGUGAAGAUGAUAAGGUUGAUAUUUCACCUCAUGAACGUGAGAAAGACAUCAACGCUGGGCUUCCAGAAGACGAUGGCGUUCAAGGGAACAAUGGCGAUAAUGGUGCGAUUGAGGGCCAGGAAAACAUGCUCGGAGAAAAGCCUGACGUUUAUUCCAGUGCGAGUGGAGAUCAGGCUAAUAUGUGAAAGCAAAGGAGCCAGAAGUCCUGACGUUUAUACGGCGUUAUCCAGCAGACUGUCUGAUAACCAGACAAUAGCAGAUAAGGCUUCAGAUAAAGACGGUAGAGGUAAUGGUUGCGAGGCGACUGAUGUGUUUUGAGCUCUGAUAAGUGAUAUCAGACGUCACCGUGUUCAUGGAGACGGGCAGAAGCUAAACAUUCCUCAGAAAGCGACGGAAACGGAGCUGCAAACGUUACAAAGCCCGAUCACGUAUAUUUGUUAAUCUGUGCCUUACGGUUGCAUCAGAUGGUUUAUUUUGUCACGGCAUCGGUGUAUAUAUGUGACGUUAUUCCUAUGCCGUGUUCCUUUUUUAAUAAACGUCUAAAUCUGCGAG